GAACCGUAUUAACCCCGGAGCAGUCCUCACACACGGACCUCCUCCUCCACCACCACAACCACCUCCACAGCCCACCACCGCCACCACCGCAGCCACCAUGACCCGGGACGUGUUUUGCACCGCCCUCCUUCUCGCUCUCUGCGUCAUGGCAUCCGAGGGAGCCAUCAAGGACGCCCCAACCCACGCCAACAACCAUCCCGACGCAGGGUAUCCUUCAGACGGGUCUUCGGCGAAACGCUUCGAUGCUUUCACGACCGGCUUUGGCCACAGCAAACGCAACUUUGACGAGAUCGAUCGCUCCAGCUUCGGAUUCGCCAAGAGGAACUUUGACGAGAUCGACCGUUCCAGCUUCGGCUUCAACAAGAGGAACUUCGAUGAGAUUGACCGCUCCGGCUUUGGCUUUGCUAAGAGGAACUUUGACGAGAUCGAUCGCUCUGGCUUCGGGUUUGCCAAGAGGAACUUCGAUGAGAUUGAUCGCUCCAGCUUCGGCUUCAACAAGAGGAACUUUGACGAGAUCGACCGCUCCAGCUUCGGCUUCGUGAAGAGAAUGCUCACCCCCCGAGACAUCGCCAACCUCUACAAGCGCAACUUUGACGAAAUCGACCGAUCUGGUUUCGGUUUCGUGCGCCGUAACGCUGAGUGAGGAGCGCCGCCCCCCGCCCCCGCGCCCCGCCGUGCCCCGGGCCUCCGGACACCCUCGCCGGCUCCACACCACCACACUGACACCACCACAACAAAAACUACAACAAUUAAAACUAUGUCUAAACUCACAGCAGCAUCAACUCGGCUAGUUCUCUCCACGCGAGGCUGAGGCUGAACACCAAGGAAAUAAAGAGUAUUUUUACAACUAUUUUUUUCACUCCCACGUCUGGCUCCCCCAUACUCCUCCCCACCACACUACCCCAGGCUGGCCCACAUGGUGUCCCUCAAGUGGUGGGGCAGCGACGCCUCAGCUGGAGGGUUCGUCACGCCCCUCCCCCACCCUCGGAUGGCUGGCCCGAGGGGGUGUUGCUGUCGGCGAGGGAGUGUGUCUGUGUGCGUGUGUGUGUGAGUGUGAGUGUCCGUGUCUAUCAUUGUUGUUGUGGUCUCUAUCUACCUCCAAUAGCUCUCUAUCUCAGUCUCUCUCUCUCUCUCUCUCUCUCUCUCUCUCUCUCUCUCUCUCUCUCUCUCUCUCUCUCUCUCUCUCUCUGUUAGCAUGAAAUAAUUAGUGAUGCAGUUGAAAAAUGUAUAUUAACCCAGAGCAGCAGGAGAGAACGUAAAGAAAGUGAUGCACAAAUUCUCAUCCUAAAAUAAAGUUUAAAAAAAUAACAACUUAUUUUCAGUUAAAGAGAAAGAAAAUGUGAGAAUAUUAGGACAAAAAGGCAUGAUCUGGAUAAAAAGAACCAGAAAAAAGAAAAUAUGAAGAAAAUUGAAAAGUGAAGCUAAAUAUAUAUUACAAAACGUGCCACGAAUUCGCCAGAUUCAUGUAACCUCUUGUUUUCAUUAAUAAAACAACAAAUCCA